AUGAGUGAUAAUGUUGAUGCCGUAGCUGAGGGCGUUCAGAAGCUGUAUCUGGAUGAAGCCACUGGCGAGAUGGUUUCCAAGACUGAGUUGAAGAAGCGCAACAAGCAACGUGAAAUUGCCAAGAAGAAGGAAGGAAAGGCGGCCAAGGCUCCUGCCGCGGCUGUUUCUGGCAAGAAGCGUGAAGAUAACCUCAACCCCAAUGAGUAUUUCGCUAUUCGCUCCAAGCAGAUCAAUGAGCUCCGUGCCUCCCACAACCCGGAUCCCUACCCUCACAAGUUCCAAGUCACUGCUAGCAUCCCUGAUUUCAAUGCCAAGUACAAGGAUUUGGCCAAGGGUGAGCACCGUGAAAAUGAGAAGGUGAGCGUUGCCGGUCGUAUAUUCACCAAGCGUGAGAGUGGUUCCAACCUCAAGUUCUAUGUUGUUCAUGGCGAUAACGCUGCUGUCCAGGCCGUUGCCCAGUCUCUCGAUGGUAGUGAUCUCGAUAGCAUUCACGAUUUGCUCCGCCGCGGUGAUAUCAUCGGUAUUACUGGCCAUCCUUUCCGUACCUCGCCCAAGCGUGGUGGUGAUGGUGAGAUUUCCAUCUUUAUUGAAAACGUCAUUCUGCUUUCUCCCUGCUUGCGUAUGAUGCCUACUGAGCAUUUCGGAUUCAAGGAUGUCGAAGCCCGUUACCGUCAACGGUAUCUUGAUCUGAUGAUCAACAAUAGCACCCGUGACAUCUUCGUCACCCGCUCCAAAAUCAUUUCUUACAUGCGUCGGUAUCUUGAUAACCGUGAUUUCGUCGAGGUCGAGACCCCUAUGAUGAAUCUGAUCGCUGGUGGUGCCACUGCCAAACCUUUCAUUACCCACCACAAUGACCUCAACAUGGAUUUGUACAUGCGUAUUGCUCCUGAGCUGUUCUUGAAGGAACUCAUCGUCGGUGGUAUGCAGCGGGUCUACGAGAUUGGCCGCCAGUUCCGUAAUGAGGGUAUCGAUAUGACCCACAACCCGGAGUUCACCACCUGUGAAUUUUAUCAGGCAUAUGCUGAUGUCUACGAUCUUAUGGACAUGACUGAGGAUAUGAUUUCUGAAAUGGUCAAGGAGAUCACCGGCUCUUACAAGAUUCAGUACCACCCCGAGGGCAAGGAGUCUGAUAAGGUUUGGGAGCUUGACUUUUCUCGUCCUUGGAAGCGUAUUCCUAUUAUUCCUACUCUUGAGGAGAAGCUUGGCGUCACCUUCCCUCCCGGAGAUCAGCUCCACACCGAGGAGACCAAUAAGUUCUUGCGUGAGCAGUUGGCCAAGCACAAAAUUGACUGCGCUGCUCCUCUUACCAACGCUCGUAUGCUUGACAAGCUUAUUGGCGAGUACCUCGAGGAUAACUGCUUCAAUCCUACCUUCCUGUUUGGUCACCCCCAGAUGAUGUCUCCUCUGGCCAAGUAUGACCGUAAUGAUCCGGGUCUCUGCGAACGUUUCGAGGUCUUUGUUGGCACCAAGGAGAUUGUCAAUGCCUACACCGAGUUGAACGAUCCUUUCGAUCAGCGUGCUCGCUUCGAGGAGCAAGCUCGCCAGAAGGAUGCCGGUGAUGACGAGGCCCAGAUGAUCGAUGAGACUUACUGCCAGGCUCUCGAGUACGGCUUGCCUCCCACUGGUGGUUGGGGCAGCGGUAUCGACCGUCUUGUCAUGUUCUUGACCGAUUCUAACACUAUCAAGGAGGUUUUGUUGUUCCCCACUAUGAAGCCAGAAGUUAACAACUAG